UGAGGCAUUGUUAAUAUGGAAUAUUAAAGGAGGGUUACAUGAGCUUGAAUCAUGAAUUAUUCAACGCUGUAAAAGUAAAAGAAUAUGAUAAAGUAAAAUCUCUUAUAGAUAGGGGUGCUAGUAUUAGAGCUAAAGAUAGUUAUGGAUAUACUCCAUUACACAUUGCUGCUAGCUCUUCCGACGACUUAGAUAUGGUAAAGUACCUCAUAGAAAGGGGUGCUGAUGUUAACACUCAAGAUAACGAAGGAUAUACUCCAUUGCACAUAGCUGCUCGUUCUUCUAAUAACUUAGAUAUGGUAAAGUAUCUCGUAAAAAAUGGUGCUGAUGUUCAUGCUAAAUGCAAUGAUGGGUAUACACCAUUGCAUCUUGCUGCUCGAUUUCGUUCUCCAUAUAGUACAAUAAAGUAUCUCGUAGAAAGUGGUGCUGAUGUUAAUGCUAAAGGUGAUGAUGGAUAUACUCCAUUGCAUCUUGCUGCUCGUUCCUUUGCCUUAUGGAGGGUGGAAUAUCUCGUAGAAAAUGGUGCUGAUGUUCAUGUUGAAGGUAAUGAUGGGAGUACUCCCUUACACAUUGCUGUUAGUACUCCAGACAACAUAAAUAUAGUAAGGUAUCUCAUAGAAAAAAAAGAGGCUGAUAUUAAUGUUAAAAAUAGUAACGGAGAUACCCCAUUGCACCUUGUUGCUCGGUCCUCUGACUUAGAGAUGCUAAAAUAUCUCAUAGAAAAGGGUGCUAAUGUUAACGAUAAAGAUAAUGAUGGGUAUACUCCAUUACAUUAUGCUGCUCGUUCUUCCAACAACUUAGAGAUGGUAAAGUAUCUUGUAGAAAAAGGUGCUGAUGUUAAUGCAAGAGGUAAUGAUGGAUAUGUUCCCUUGCACUAUGCUGCUCGUUCUUCUAAUAACUUAGAUAUGAUAGAGUAUUUUGUAGAAAAAGGUGCUGAUGUUCAUGCUAAAGGUAAUGAUGGAUACGUUCCCUUGCACUAUGCUGCUCGCUCUUCUAGUGACUCGGAUAUGGUAAAGUAUCUUGUAGCAAAAGGUGCUGAUAUUCAUGCUAAAGGUAAUGAUGGGCGUACUCCCUUGCAUAUUGCUGCUAGUUUUUCUGACAACUUAUAUACAGUAAUGUAUCUCGUAGACAAAGGUGUUGGUGUUAAUGCUAAGGACAACCAUGGACAUACUCCCUUGUAUAUUGCUGUUCGUUCUUCUGACUUAUAUAUGGUGAAGUACCUUAUUAAAAAAGGUGCCAAUGUUAAUACUAAAGAUAAUGAAGGAGAUACUCCAUUGCACAUAGCUGCUCGUUCUGCUCACAACUUAGAGAUGAUAAAGUAUCUCAUAGAAAAUGGUGCAGAUGUUCGUGCUAAAUGUAAUGAUGGGUAUACUCCAUUGCAUUAUGCUGUUCGUUCUGCCGAUAACUUAGAUACAAUAAAGUGUCUCGUGAGAAGAGGUGCUGAGAUUAAUGCUAAGGAUAAUAGUGGACGUACUCCUUUGUACAGUGCUAUUCAUCUUGUAGGUACCUUGGAUGUAAUAAAGUACCUCAUAGACAAGGGUGCUGAUAUUAAUGUUAGAGAUAAUUAUGGAUAUACCCCAUUGCAUAAUGCUGCUAGUGCUUCUAAUUUAGAAGGGGUAAAGUAUCUCAUAGAAGAAGGUGCUAAUACUAAUAUUAAUGCUAAGGGUAAUAAUGGAUAUACUCCUUUACACUUUGCUGCUCGUUCUGCCAACUUAAAUAUGGUAAAGUAUCUUGUCGAAAAAGGUGCUGACAUUCAUGCUAAAAACAAUCGAGACAAAACACCUCUGGAUCUUGCUCAAGAGGAAUGUCCAGAUUGUAAAAGUAUUAUAGAUUUUUUAAAAGGGAAGCGUGUACGUCGUGAUGUUAAGUAUUCACUCAGUGAUCCUACUAAUAUUGCAAAUGCAUCAGACCAUUUACUGACAGCAUUGCCUAUUAGUAAUGCUAAAGAAACACUACUAUUAGCUCAUACUAAAAAUAAUACUACAACACUACAGUUUGAUCUGCAUAAUAUGACGUCAUUAUUUAAUAGUAUAACGUUAUUAUUAAAUGUAUUUGUAAGAAAGAUAUUUAUAGGAAAGUUUAUAAAGCAGAAAUCUGUUCCUAUUACAGUGAUAGGUUUUCCUGAAGACAAACAAGAGUUAAGUUAUACAUUAAAUGCUAGUGGUGGAUUUGAAGAAGCGAUAAAACAUGCUGAAAAAGAGAGCGGUAUAGCUGUGGAUUUAUCAAAUAUUAACUUUCUAGAAAUGCAUAAAGAAAUUGCAGCUAAGGUUGCUAGUGGUAAACCUAGGCUCUGUGAACCAAAAUUUGGAGAAAUAAGAAAAAAGUGGUAGUUUAACCGUGAAUAAAUAAGGAGAAACUACCAAAUGAAAUAUUACAUACAAGAAACAAAAUGGAAACAAAUUUUUGCAAAUUUGAAAAGCGUAAAAGGAAUACACAGUAAAAACGAAGAUCGGAUAAGAAGGUUCAUGGAAUCAGUGUGGUACAUGGCUCGAAGUGGUUGCCAAUGGCGACUUUUACCAGAAAUAUAUGGCAAUUACAGAAGCGUACAUAAGAGAUUCAANCAGUUGUGGUGGCCGAUAAGGGCUAUGAUAGUAAUGCUUUUAUUGUGGGUCUUGAGAAUAAAGGGUGUGAGGUUGUUAUUCCUCCGAAGCGUAACCGAAAAGUGCAGAGGUAUUAUGAUGAGCAUAUUUAUAAAGAACGUCAUUUGAUUGAAUGCUUUUUCGGCAAAAUAAAACAUUUUAGGCGGAUUUUUUCAAGAUUUGAUAAGACUGCCACGGUUUAUUUAGGCUUUUUAAACUUCGUUGGGGCCCUCAUAUGGCUUGCUUAAAAUUUUGGUUCACAGAGCCUAGUGAAGUUCUUAAGAUUUUAAUUUCAUAUGCAGAAGAAGCAUGUACUACUAGGCAAAUGAGUGAAGAGGAGUGUAAGGAGUUUAUGAAGGCUUUUAAUGCAAAGUUAAACAUAGAUUCUAAUCAAACCCUACCUAAUAGUCAAUUGGAAGACGUUUCUCGUAGCAACCUCACUAUAUUUAAUAAAUUUAUAGGGCUAUAAGUUAACAAGCAGUUCCUACCGAUUUUUUGUGUCGGUAGGCUACUUUCUCUUCUUAAUAGAUAAACUCGAUUUUCAAUGGCAAUUUUAUCAUUUUGGAAAAAAAAUAAGUUUUUGUAAUAAAAAGGAUUGAUUUAUAAAAAUAUGUUGUUACACUGCCUUGCGUGAGGCGUUGAUAAUUAAAAACGGAGGGUUAAAUGAAUAAUUUAAAUGAUGAGUUAUUUAGUGCUGUACAAGUAAAAGACUACGGUAAAGUUAAGAGCCUUGUAGAACAAGGUGCUAAUGUUAAGGCUACAGAUGAUGAUGGAAAAACCCCAUUGCAUUAUGCUGCCAGUCUUUCCCUAGAUAUAGUAAAGUAUCUUGUGGAAAAAGGUGCCGAUAUUAAGGCCAAAGAUAAUGAUGAGAUUACCCCAUUGCACAAUGCUGCUGGGUUUCACUUAGAUGUAGUAAAGUAUCUUGUAGAAAAAGGUGCUGAUAUUAAUGCUAGGGAUAAUGAUUAUGGGUAUACCCCAUUGUACACUCCUGUUUUUGCUUCCGACUUAAAUAUGGUAAAGUAUCUCGUAGAAAAAGGUGCUAAUGUUAAGGUUACAGAUAAUUACGGGUAUACCGUUUUGCACAAUGCUGUUAUUUCUGCCACCUUGGAGAUGGUGAAGUAUUUUGUCGAAAAAGGUGCUAAUGUUAAUGCUAAAGGUGGUGAUGGAAAUACUCCAUUGCACAGUGCUGUUAGUGCUGUCAAUCGUAAAUUAGGAACGGUGCAGUAUCUCGUAGAAAACGGUGCUAAGGUUAAUAUUAAAAACGGUCACAACAAAACUCCUUUGAACAUUGCUCAAGAAAAGUGUCCAAAAAAUUGUAAAGAAAUUAUAGAUUUCCUAAAGGAGAAGAGCACUAAUCCUGGAAGUCGUGGUAUUAAGCAACUUGCUGAAUCUAUAAAUUCAACAACUCCUUCUCAAGAACAGAUUCGACAAAAGAGACAGGAUGAUGAGGAAAUGAUUAAAAAAAUUCCUCAUCAAGAACAGAUUCGACAAAGGAGACAGGAAGUGUUUGUAGGUACAACAACUUCUUCUGAUUUAAUUCAAGAACAGAUUCGACAAGAGAGAGAUAUUCUUAAAAAUAAUGUUGUUUCGCGUGUACUCACUACUGAAUCUGCAAAUUCAGCAACAAUACCAUCACUAGUACUUAAUGCUGGACAUAAAGAAGCACCGCAAUUGGCUAAUGGUCAAGGUGGUGAAAUAAUAUCACAGGUUGAUUUUAAUAGUACAUUGCCACUUAACAGCACAUUACUAUUAUUCGAUAUGGUGACAAGAAUGGUUACUGGGCAAAAACCUGUUUCUACUACACCAGUUGCAGACCUUACUCGAGAUCAAAAAGUAUUAAUUCAUGCAUUGAAUAAUCAUUCUGAUUUUGAUGAUUACAUGGCUGCUUUUCAUCCUAAUAGUCGUUUAGAAGAUGUUUCUAUUUCUAGUAGCAAUAUAACUCGAAGGCUAUAAGUAAACAAUUACAGGCCUACUGAUUUUUUGUGUCGGUAGGCUACUUUCUCUCUUCUUAAUAGACAAACUCGAUUUGCAAUUUGGAAAAAAUAAAUUUUUGUAAUAAAAGGGGUUGAUUUAUAAA